CUACACCCACAACACCUGCUCCUCGCCGCCUGCCUCCCGCCGCCUCCUCCUCUCUCGCGGAUGGCAUCCACCGCGCCGCCGCCGCCGUUUCCGGACGCGGUGGUGAUGUCCGCCUUUUCUCCGAUGCUGUGGAGCUCACGGCACACCCCUCUCCCUGCCUACAAGACGCCGCUCGCUCCACCUCUCUCCACCCAGCCUGGUUUGCCUCCGACCGGCGGGUUCGUCGUCGUCACCGGCGGCUCACCUCUCCACGACGAGGAGAUGGGCAUCGGGCCACCUUCCUCGCCGCGGUGCCUUCCACCACCAGCAGCGCUGUCUUCUCCGGCGCCAGCGAUUGGAUCCCUGCUUCCGCACACCGGGAUGCGCUACAAGCCAAGAUCUACGCCGCCUCGUUCCGUCUACUCCAUGGUGCUUCCUACACGCGGCGGCGGGCACGUCGUCGCCGACGAGGAGAUGGGCGUGACGGCGUCGGGGACGCCUGCUCCACCUCCACCACCCCGCAGGCCUCCGCACGGCUCGUCGGCUCGGGAGCGGCCUUAUGGAUGGCCGACGACGCCGUUCCCUCCAAGUCCAAGCGCGCUUCCGUCUCUCGCUCCAGCGGGAACGGCCACCGCAAGUCCGGCGCUUUUCUCCCCUGCCGCAGCAGUCACAGCAACGCCGCCGUGUCCUCCGAGCGCGCCUCCCUCCGCUGCUGCUGCGGCGGGAACGGCCACGGCAACGCCGGUGUGGCCUGGAUCUUCAAGUUCGUCACCCCUCUCGCCUGGUGCAGCGGCCACAACAACGCCGCCGAGCUCUCCAAGUCCAAGCCCGCUUCCCUCUCAUGCGGCAGCUGGAACGGCCACCGCAGCGCGUGCAGCAACGUCGGCGCGGCCACGAUCUCCAAGUCCGGCGCUUCUCCCCCCUGCAGCAGCGGCGACACCAACGACGCCGCGCCCAACAAGCCCGCUUCACUCUCCUGCUGCAGCGGCCACACCAACGCCGCCAUGGCCGCCAAGCCGAAGCGUGCUUCCCUCUCCUGCUGCAGCGGGAACGACCACGGCAACGCGUGCAGCAACGCUGGCGUGGCCUCGAUCACCAAGUCCGUCGUUUCUCUCCUCUGCUGCAGCGGCCACACCAACGUCGCCGUGGCCUUCAAGCGUGCUCGCCUCUCCUGCUGCAGCAGGAACAGCCACCGCAACUCGCGCAUCAACCCCAGCGUGGCUUCCAUUUCCAAGUCCAGCGCUUCCCUCUCCUGCUGCAGCGGCCACAGGAACGGCGCCGUGGCCUCCAACUCUGCCCCCUCCCACUUCAGCGGCGCCGAGGUCUGGGCGUGGACGGGUGUCCCACCAGAGGCCGACACCACCGUGGCCUCCGUGCAGGCCUGCUCGUGCCACGGGCAGCCCCAGCAUGUCGUUCCUUUCACUCGAGGUCACCGAAUCGCACGGGCAGGGAGUCCAAGAUGACAAUGACGAGAGGGAUGAUCAGGAUGACAGCACUGAAGAUGCGGAGCUUCGUCUCAUGGCCGGGCACGAGCACGAGCACGAGCACGACACGGAGUAUCGUCCUCUCCGCAACAUGAGUAACCAAGGUGGACAAACUGCUGCUGCCCGCCGGCGUGCUGGUAGAGGAGGUGGAGGUGAUGGAGGAGGAGGAGGUGAUGGAGGAGGAGGAGGAGGAGGAGGUGCAGUUGGAGCUUCACAACCCCAAGGUGAGGAAUGGUACAUGACUCCUCCUAUGCUGGUGCUCGGUGUGGUGGGAUUGUACCUGGUAUAUCAUCUUGCUCUCACUGGGGUGUCCUGGAUUAUAAGUCUUCUCCCCAAGGAACGUCAAGGCAAGAUCGGCAACUGGCUCUGGGCUUCGUUUUGGGUGGCAACCAUUCCCUGUUUUGUCUUCCCAUACUUGAACCUAUGUGAUCGCUUCGCGCAAGCCAAAGCGUCUCGUGAGGCAGCUAGUCUAGCAGCAGCACCAAAUCAAGCAAAUGAGCAACCUCAGGACGCAGCUAGGGCGCCAGCAGCAGCAGCCAACCAAGCAAAUGAACAAGGUGAGGAUGGGCGUUACAGAUUCGGCAAAGCCGAUGCUACUGCCCUAAUGAUGUGGAUUGGCGGGGCUGCGAGGAUCGCAUUUCUCGUCUCCGGCAACUCCUUCCCUAUGGUCGCAGUUGCACACGCUGUGGCAUUCGUUGUUGAGGUAAUUGAGCUGCUCUUCAAAUACUUCGUGGAGGGUGAGAUAGCUGUGCAACUGCCUGUGAUAUGAUGAUACUUCCAUGCAUGUUGUCACUUAACUGCAGCAAGUCUUUAGGAUCCAGAACCCAAUUGGAUGCACUAUUUUAUCUCCAUUUUGAGUGCUGUCACUUUCCCAGU